AUGAAAACCUCCGUCGCUACUGCCACUCUCGCGGCUCUCACAAGUGCUGACCCCUCUACCUUCGUCAAAAACACCUUCUCUACUGUCUACACCACAGCUUCUCCAAUAGUCACCCCUUCUCCUCCUGUUAUGCUCAAAGAGACCUCUUCCCGUCUCUUUUUUGACUCCGCCACUAUUUCUCAGUCAGAUGCAGUCAGCCCUCGCCUCCAGGACAGAGCCAUCUCCUGGCCUUCCAGCUUUGAGCAGUUCGGCAAGCCUACGCAUACGCCCACGACCUCCUCAACUGCUCACUGCAAAUCCCGAGCCGACCAAUGGCCUAGCGUCUUCGAGCAGUUCCCUUCUAAGUCCGGGAACAAACCCGAACAUAAGUCUCAGACGGCUACUAAGCCCCCCUUCAUUCCGGACCCCAACUGCGCGCACCCUCCGCAUAUCUUCAUCCCACCUCCCUCCAUUCCAGAUCCUUGGGGCGCGCACCCAGAGCGUAUCUCCGUCACGUUUACUACCAGCGCCGAAACUCCAGCAACUACUACUGCCAUUGACAUCACCACUGCUAUUGUUGGGGCUUCGGAGCAGGCUCACACAACAGUUCGGGGUGCAACGAUGCCUUCUGACGGUGGCUGGGAGUAA